AGCUCUGUGAUGUAACAACAAUAACAAACAACUCCAAGCAGAAAGCGUGAACUUGAAACUUUAUUACGUGGAGUGAUGGGGAAAAACAAGAACAUUAUACACAUGUAUACGCAUAUUUAUAUAAAUAUGUAUUGCUUGCUUAUGAACUCAGCGAUAAAAGGCCGACGAAAGCCGGCAGACCUUUUAGUUGGCUGCUGACUGACGGAAGUGACGCUACUAGCGCUACGGUAAUAAGUUUAAAUUGGAGCGAGCGUGGGGUUAAACUUGAAUCGAUUUACUGAUUCAUAUGGGAAUUUAAAAACAAAACAAUGGAAUACCUGCAAAAUGUCUAUGAGAAAAUCUUUGGAUCAGGCGAUACAGCAGAUGGCACGCCAGCUAACAACUACCACACAGCACGCAAGGUAGUUUGCUUUGGCAACGUGCUGCUCGACCGCAUUGUUAAGCUGGAGGAACCGGAGCUGCUACAGCGCUAUGAACUCGAACUGGGCUCCAAGGGCGAACUGGACUUGGCGAAAUUAAAUCACAUUGUUGGCGAAGCUGUCAAUAGCUCGAGCAACAGUUACUGCAGUCCAGGUGGCUCGGCCUUGAAUACAGUGCGAAUAUUGAAAAAGCUCGGUACAGAAGCGCAAUUUUUUGGCGCUAUUGGCAGUGAUGAGUGUGCCAAGGAACUGCGUAACAUUUGCCAGGAGCGUGGCAUUGAGGCCAGACUCCAGUGUAUCGAAAACGUGCCCACGGGUCAAUGCGUCUGCUUUAUGUACAACGAUACGCCUACACUGUAUGCCAACAUUGGCGCCUCUGCACAUUUCUGUGUGGAGCAACUGCAGCAUACAGCUUGCCAUGAUACUCAAAGCUUUCUUCGUCCCAUUGAGCGCAAACAGAUCAUCUACUUGGAAGGUUUCUUUGUGCCACAACGUCAACAGGUGUGCGAGUAUAUAUUACAAGAUUUGGUGCGAGAGCGUCGACAUUUGGCGGUGAAUCUUAGCGCUCCUUAUAUAGUGCGUCAACAUUCUUCCAUUAUGCUUCAACUGGCCCAACGUGCGCUCUUCGUGUUUGGCAAUCGUCAGGAGUUUGAGGAGUUUGCCACAACUGCCGGUUGCAAAAGCGUGGAGCAGCUCGCGCGACAGCUGCUCGAGAUGGGUACCGCCAAGAUUAUAGUCAUCACCAAUGGCGCUGACGGCGUGCAGUUGGCCACUAAUUUUGAGGCAGAGCUGGAACCGCCUGGUCAAAUACGUUUUGAGGAUUAUCGCGCUCAACGGCCCGAGCAGCUGGUGGAUGCCACGGGUGCAGGAGAUUCCUUUGUAGCGGGCUUUCUGCACGGUUGGCUAGAGAAACGAUCGCUGGGCGAGUGCGUGCGAUUAGCCAGCGAUGUAGCCGCCAAGGUCGUCAGCCAAGUGGGCUGCAAUCUGCCUUAACUUGAAUUUAACUCAAAUUUUAAAUCCCCACAUGACUUAUCUCAGCCAGUGUGCACACCAAAAUAGAAUUUAUCAUUUGCAAGCUUUAUAUAGUACACAUAAGAUUAUAAAAUAUUUGUAGUUCCUCGCUCUGAGCCACUGCACUU